GCAAGGGUCAACAAGGGGAGUGCAUAUCGAACGAAUCUCAUUUUUGGAUAAAAUUACCUGCUCAGUCGAGGGUACUAAUACACCCUACAAAUUUUCAGAUAUAUCUGGCCCCUAGACGUUACGAUGUCACUGUUAUGGCUCACACUUGUUGCAACUCUCUUGAAUGGUAUAGAUGCAAGUGGUUAUGGGAAUGGGAAUGAGUGUGAAGCAAACCCAUGCUCGAAUGAUGGAAUAUGUAUCCUAUGGGAAGAGGCUCCCUACUGCUUUUGCCCACCUAAUUACACUGGAGACUUGUGUGAUGAUUAUAUAACAGCACAGAAUGAUACGUGUGACUGUCUAUGGCCAUCAAACACUGGCAGUGGUUGUAGCCCAAACCCUUGCUUCAAUGAAGGGCAGUGUGUGCAGGCAUAUGGAAACUACAAGUGUAUAUGUCCCGGUAAAAGUGAAGGCGACCGCUGUCAUAAAGCAUCAAAAGAAGUUGAGUGCUGGAGCUGGAAGUACAAGCCUAAAAACUGCUCAGCACCUUCCAACCACUCCAAUGGUUACGUAGUUGACCUUCGGGUGGCCAAAAGAAUAUCACGUACCAUAUGCGUCCCUAAUGUCAACUAUGGGUUGUACAAUAAUGACACGAUCUGGGUCAUCGAUGGUUGUAGGGCAAUUUUUGAAAUCGAUUGUGUUAUCGAUGCUUGUAUUGGCGUGACCUGCACACCUCCCUUAAUGUGCCAGAACAAUUAUGACAGUUAUGCCUGCAUCCAAAAUGAAAACCCAUGCACUGACACACCCUGUUUGAAUGGAGCUACCUGUGAUAAUUAUGAAUCUAUGAAGUACAACUGCACAUGUCCUACUGGCUACUACGGCGACAACUGUGAAUUCUUCGAUUAUUGUGGGGAGCUUGCCCCAUGUGAAAAUGGUGCCACGUGUGCAAAUGAUGAAAAUGACGAAAGUGGCUACAACUGUACUUGUCCCGAAUGGUUUGAGGGCCAGAAUUGUAGUGAUGCAAUCCCCAACGGUUGCGAUUCCAGUCCAUGUCAGAACAAUGCCACUUGCAUCCCCUACCCUGGGCUUGUCUAUAACUGCACUUGCUUGGAGGGCUUCACUGGAGAUGAUUGUGAAAGUGUUGCCGGAUUCUCUUUGAAUAUCGUUGGUGUAGCCCCAACAAAGAAGGCGCUUCUUAAAGUGUAUGAUUCAGCAACUGGUUGGUCGUCAUCAUCCAACUUCGAUAUAGAUUCUACCUCAUUUCAAAAAGUUGUCUUUGUGCCUGAGAUUGGAACAUUUACUUUGUUGUUGUACGUUGACGAUGAUUCUGAUGGAUUGUUUUUAACCUCAGGUAUAGACCAGGGUGUGAAAAAAACAUUUACAAUUUCAACAAUAGUUGCGGCGCAAGCCCCUAUAUUUAUUUUGAAUGCGAAUUUGGUAACACUGUACGAGUGCUUUGUAACGUUGGACUCGGUCACCGUACCAACAGCAUUGGCACCGGGAUCAAACGCAGGAUUAUACUGUUUCUUCUAUCCAGAGUUAUGUGGCGUCCCGUGUGUUGACAAUUACGUACUUGUAACGCAACAAAUGGCCACGUGCAGUGGUUCAUCGACUAUCACCUGCUCGUCCGAUGCCGUGAGCGAUAACGCUGUUGUUUGGCCAGGUGGAAGAUGUGACAUGGGCUUAGUAAUACCAAAUGAAGAAUAUCGUAUAAUCUGUGAUCUAAGUCUUGACACGGCACUGGCGACCGGAGAUCCGAUUGAUGUGUUGAAUAAUUCAAACACAACGACCUCGGUCCUUUUCAUGAUGACCGCUUUUGGUGGAAAUUGCCCAAUAAUUAACGACAAUGGAGGCUCGCCUGCCAAUGAUAUCAAUGACGGAAUUCCCUUCUCUCAAACUUGUAAUUGAUUUGAGGGCGGAAAAUAAUUGCAGUUGAACAUGAAUUCUUUAUUGGAAGCAUCUUUAGUACCGUUCCAUAGAUUGUUCUUAAGUACCGUUCAAUAGAUUGUUUAUAUGAAGAGAUUGUUCUUUAGUACCGUUCCAUAGUUUGUUUAUAUGAAGAGAUUGUUUAGCCAUUAAUCUGGAAUUAAUAUCCAAUGAUUACUAUCAAAUAAACAAUUAAUCGAAAGAAAACCAAGAUUUGGGGAAUUUAAAAGUUUUUAAAUAGUAAAAAUUAGGAUCACACUUAAAAUUCAAUUCAGAACAUGUUUAUUAAAAGAAAAUAAUGAAACGGCGAAAAGUUCAAAAGAAAGUCUGUCUCAUAAAAAUACAUGUUUCAUUUUAUAAUGUCAUUUUAAAACUGUCCUUAACAAACCUGGUGUUAAAAUGUAAGUCGAAGGCAUCAUUAACAUGUAAAAG